AUGGGCCCUUCCGGCUGUGUCUUCCUACUGUCCCUUCUGCUGGUGUGUGGACCACCUGUGUACUCAGGCCGCGUUGUGGGUGGCCAGGAGGCUGUCAAGGGGCCCUGGCCUUGGCAAGUCAGCCUGCACUGUGGGGAGACCCACCUCUGUGGAGGUUCCCUCAUCAGUGAGCGGUGGAUACUGACGGCCGCACACUGCAUAAAAGCGACCUGGAUUCCUUUGUUAUAUACUGUGUGGCUGGGAUCAAUUAAAAUCGGCUACUCAAAUGAUGGUGUGAAACAUCAUGUGUCCACAAUCAUUAUCCAUCCUAAAUUCCAAGAUGUAACUGCAGACAUCGCCUUGUUGAAACUGGUCUCCAGAGUCACCUUCACUUCUUUCAUCCUGCCCAUCUGCCUGCCCAGAAUUACAAAGCAGCUGACAAUUCCUGGCUCUUGCUGGGUGAAUGGAUGGGGAAAAGUUAAGGAAAAUGAAGAUGAUUUCACUUCCACCCUCCAGGAAGCAGAAAUACCCAUCAUUGACCACCAAACUUGUGAACAUCUCUACAACCCAAUCCAUUCCAUAUUGCCAGAAUUAGAGCCAGUCAUCAAGGAAGACAUGAUUUGUGCUGGUGAUACUCACACAGGGAAGGAUAGCUGCAAGGGCGAUUCUGGAGGGCCUCUGUCAUGUCAUAUUGAUGGUGUAUGGAUCCUAAUAGGAUUGGUAAGCUGGGGAAUAGAAUGUGGUAAAUCUCUUCCUGGAGUCUACACCAAUGUGACCUACUACCAAAAAUGGAUUAAUGCCAUUAUCUCAAGACGAGGUUUGGGGGCCAACAAUCUGGACUUACCUGACUUCCUGUUCCCUGUUGUAUUGCUCUCUCUGGCUCUCCUGGGACCCUCCUGUGCCUUUGGGCCUAACAUCUUAAGGAGAGUGGGCAGCGGAGCUGAAGCCACUGGCCAAGUACAGGGCUAGGAAGGGGAUGCAUGGGGAAUAAACCGGGACGGAGAACUCCCAGGACAGUCACUGAGAACUCUGGAUAAUUUCAUUAAAAUAAUUAGAAAUGAUUCUGUUUUGAGGUUUUUGAUUCUGGAAUCUGCUUAUACUAGUGAACCUUCUAAGAAGGUUGUGUCAGAUGUUGUUCCCAGUGAUUCACUCACUGCCCUCCCUGUGGAAGGACUACCCACCCACUUGAAGUACCGCGUCACUUGCACGAUUGCCUGCAAAACGAUUACACUUCCCUGCACCACUAACAUCAAGCUCGCCAAAGAAAUACCGGGCAAUCCUUCCUCAGAAAUUUCUUCCAACGUCCAUCCUCCACACCAUUCCACACAUGACAGGGUGUGGGGCUUUAAGAAGCAGCAGCUGCUGCAACCAGUGGCGAUGCCUACCUUCCCCGUGUCUCUCUCCUUACCUGAAAAUUAG